UAAAAAGCAUAUAUACAAUUUCCUAGUUUAAAUGCACUACAGUUUUGUUAGAAUACACAAAAGAGAGAGAGAGAACUAAACCGCAAUGCAUAGAUUAAUUUAUUUAAGAAGAGGGACCAAGUAGUUAGCAGUUAAUACAUGAGUAACAAUAGUAGGUCUUCCUGCAUUGUAUUUUAUAUCACCAUCUUUUUCCACAGAGUUUUUACUCGUAUUUAUGUGAGUGUUCCUCGCUUCCACAACUAUUUAGCUAUUCCGUAAAAAGAGUCCAGUUUUCUUCUUCUGUUACAUCAAUUUAAGAUGACUGACUGUUGCUAUAUUACGAAACUGGAGCUGUUUGUUCGUCGGUUUACAGCAGUGUGACUACGACCACGAUGUGUACCCAGCCAGAAAAUUGAGAAAAGUUUUUACAAAUUCCUCAAUUUUUCACGCAUUUUACUCGCCCAUCGUCAGUAGCUUCUGUCAAAUGAGAGUAGAAUAUAUAGCUGCUUCAUAAAGAUACAUAUGUGUUUUGAGGAAUGUGAAGAUUUUGCAGAAAGGGGCGUUGAAUGGAAAAUAGCACACAUUAGUAGUGGAGUGAUUAAUGUGAUCCACAAUGUGAAAUUGCAUCGUAUUUUGCUCCAUAAUUCGGACUGAUCUCUGGUGAAAUUGAGCGAUUUGAGCGAAACAAUGUUUUGUUGGUGUUUAUCCCGAUUGUUGAAUUAUAAAUGAAGUUUCGCACUUGAGCUUCAAGUCUUGAAGACAGAAUGUAAAUUUGUGUUAGAAGUUGAGAAAGUCAGUGAAAUACUAAUACUACGUAAAUAUGAAGUGAGUCGAAACACGAGUACGGCGUCUCUGCUGGAGAAUAAUGGGGCUUUGCACCACGAGAAGAGUUUACUUGCUCUUUCUCGUAAUCACAAUCUUGCAAAUCAUUAGUACAGGGGCUCGACAAGUCUUUGACUUUUUGGGGCCGCUAUGGGCCAUGAUUCUCACAAACUUUCUCAACAUUGUGUUCAGCAUUUUUGGCUUUUUUGGCGGAUAUACCAGAAGAAAACACUAUUUAGUUAGCUACACGGUGUGGUCUAUAUUGUGGAUUGGAUGGAAUCUCUUCAUCGUGUGCCUUUAUAUUCCACUUCCACAGUUGGAAAUGUACAAAUCGCCAAUUCUGAGCUUGGGUACUGGAGGGUUCUCUUGGUGGGAAACUAGGGCUCCUGGAUGUGUACCAGACUGGACCAGUGAGACCCAGCUCCUAGUAACCAACUGCAUGUUUGACCCACGGCUCAUGGAGUUUAUUCAAGCAGGAGUUCAGCUCUACCUCAGCUCUACUGGGAUUCUCUGUUCUCUCUCAAUGCUCAUCUGUCACAACCUGUACGCCGAUGGUGAUGACAAAGACUUUAAACAAAGUGCUCAACCCCCCAAUGGCGGAGCUCAAGGGACAGUCCCUGCAUUUUUGUCCCUAAGUCGCCAAAAUGUGUCGACGCAUACUCGUGCGAGUAAUCGACUCUACAAUCGAGCUCCCAUUGGAAUUCCUCCCACCGGUGGGGACUCGAGUGACCAACAAGUGGGUGGAAACACAAUGGACGAUAGGCUCAGACCAAUGACGCCACGCAGAGUGAAACGAAGAUCUGCUCGGAGUAUUCAAUCGCAGAGAUUUGGACCCCCGACGGGACCCAGCACCAACCAGAAAUUGGAUGGUGGUGACAACAGCAAUAAGCCCUCGACUUCCAAGGGGAGUUCAGGAGGAAGUGCCCGAAGUUCGCUCAGGAGCAAUGCCAGCAGAAGGAAUCACAGGAGUUCAAAGAGGAAAAAUCAUUUCGUCUCUCCUGUGAAUCGACUCAUGCAGUUGCAACAUGUCGUGGACUCGGAAACGUCUCAUGAUGAACCGCGUCGAUAUCUCCUGAGAGAUCAGGGUCAUACAAAUCCCGUCUACUUGGGAGCACAAAGUCCAAAAUACGGUCAUGCACCUCCCAGACCUCCUUCCGCUCGAUCUUCCUACUCCAACUACCAUCCAGCAAGACUUCCUGUGAAUGCCAGUAAUAAUCCAGAGCUGCUUCCAAAUGUGAUAAAUCUCAAUCAAAACAUUUUUACAAAUGGUGGAUUUGACAUGUCCACCGAGUACAACGUGUCUCAACAUUCCAACAACACGAGCACAGCCCUGUACGAGGACGAAGUAAACUUUCAUCCCAACUUGAGUCCGAACAAUGUAACGAACAAUCCGCCCCCACUUCCCCCACUCGUGCCCAACGGGAUCAACCUCAGCUUCAAGCCUCAAAAUACGUACUAUCCAUCCAGUGGUCAUCAACUUCCCAAAAAUUUCCCACGAGGAGGAGGGCCAAUGGAAAAUGGCGGAGUCGUUCACCAGAACUCGGUGUUUGCCUAUCCACUCGCUCAUUCGCCAGUCUCUCAGGAAUCGUUCCCAAUGUGGGGCGUUUCUCAGCCUCAGUCACCAACCAGUAACCAUUUCCCAUCGCCUCCCUACCAAAAUCGGCGACCAAACUGGCAGAUGAAGAGCAACAACAACCCUCUUCAAUCCCACCCCCAUCUUCACCACCCUUCAUCACAACAGCCCUUAAACUCAGAAACAGUUAUUUAGCUGUGAAAGAGUGGUCAAUAAUACGCUAAUAAAAGUGAUCUCAAAUAAUCUUGAUUUUAAGUACUUAGUUUUGUUUUGACUAUCAGUAAUUAAAUUAUUUAAAUAGUUGACGCAGAAAUAUAUCCGUUAUAUACUUUGCAUAAAUGUUUUUCACCCAAAUGACAAGAAUAAAAUAAAAAUGAGAAGAGUACAAGAUAUUAGUUCCUUGAGUGAGAUGUAUGUAGAAGUACCCAAUAAUUUAAAUUCUUCAAAUUGUUAUGCAAUGAACAGUAUACCGAUGUGGAUGUGCAAAUAAACAUAUAAUGUGGAUACAGCAUGAA